AAAAGAAAUAUGCCGGCAUACUUGGCUCCUUGGAGGGCUUCUCCAUGUGUCUUCAGAUCCUCCAAAUCGGAACUCAUGCCGAAUCUAGCCAGUGAUGGAGUUGUCUGUGCUCCGCUUCAGACAUUCACUGAAGAGGAGACAAUGCUGAAAGAUAUGGUGACAAAAUUUGCUCAAGAACGAGUUGCACCUUUGGUGCAAAAAAUGGAUGAGAAUUCGAAAAUGGAAGACUCUGUAAUACAGGGAUUGUUUGAACAAGGGCUGAUGAGUAUUGAGCUUGGGGAAGAAUAUGGAGGAACCGGAGCUUCGUUUUUUUCAGUCAUACUGGCAGUAGAAGAAUUGGCCAAAGUUGAUCCAGCUGUAGCUCUUCUAUGUGAACUCCAAAAUACACUAACAAAUAGGUUGUUUACCACAUAUGGAACAGAAGAACAAAAGAGAACUUACUUGCCCAGAGUGGCUAAAGAUACAGUAGGCAGUUUCUGCCUUUCGGAGGCUGGAUCUGGCAGUGAUGCUUUUUCUUUGAAGACUCGGGCUGAAAAGAAAGGAGACUACUAUAUUAUCAAUGGCUCAAAGAUGUGGAUUAGCUUCGCAGAACACGCAGGAGUUUUCUUUGUGAUGGCAAAUACAGAUCCAUCCUUAGGGUACAGGGGAAUUACGUGCUUCGUAGUAGAUGGCAACACAGAAGGACUACAUGUAGGGAAGAAAGAGGACAAGCUUGGAAUCAGAGCAUCUUCCACCUGCCCAGUAACAUUUGAUAAUGUUAAGGUUCCUGAGACCAAUAUCUUGGGACAGGUUGGACAAGGCUAUAAGUAUGCAAUUGGAAUGCUAAAUACCGGCAGAAUAGGUAUUGCUGCACAGAUGUUAGGUCUGGCACAGGGGUGUUUUGACCAUACAAUUCCGUAUACAAAGGAGAGAGUCCAGUUUGGGAAAAGCGUAUUCGAUUUCCAGGGGUUGCAACAUCAGAUUGCUCAGGUGGCCACGCAGUUGGAGGCCGCGAGGUUGCUCACCUACAAUGCAGCCCGUCUUGUGGAAACAGGGAGGCCGUUCAUCAAGGAGGCAAGCAUGGCCAAAUACUACGCUGCUGAGGUUGCAACACUGACAACUAGUAAAUGCAUUGAAUGGAUGGGUGGUGUUGGAUUCACAAAAAAUUAUCCAAUGGAAAAGUACUAUCGUGACUGCAAGAUAGGUACAAUAUAUGAAGGAACUUCAAAUAUCCAGUUGAGCACCAUUGCAAAAAGCUUAGCAAAGGAGUACUGAAACCAUAAGGACUUCCUGACUGUUAAUGGAAAUUAUUUCACUGGACACUCAUUGUGAAUUACAGAUUUAUUUGUAAUUAU